AUGGGAUCUUCGGGAUGUAGUACGAGUGUGACGUCAUCGAUUGUAAGUGGAGCCGGCCUGGACGACACAUCGACGCAACCUCCGAUCACGACCCAUCUGAAGCUAAUAGAGCUUUCCGAGGCCCUAGCCGCUCACAAUGCAUCUGCAGCUGCUGCCCUUCGUUUGACAAAUCAGGAGUCCGUAACCAGUGUUGCUUUGCAUCCUCCACCAUUCUCUGUCACAUCACGUGUUUCGGAAGCUGCCGUCCCGGCUGAUCGGGAGCGGCGUAAGUCAACGACCACCUCUCGUUACCUAAUCAGCGGUCCACUUCCCCCCCCACCCACCUCCUCCUCCUCCCUCCGCUCUCAUUACAUGAGGCAUAUCUCUUCGCUCUCCCCACUUCCUGCGGAUAGGCGGAGUCUUUAUCCCGUUACAGUGGGUUUGGUCGAUAUUUCAGAGGCUGUUGCAAACAGACGACGCACCGAGAAAUGCCUCUUCCCUCCAAACGGACGUUCAGGUAACCUCAAACCAACCGCUAUUUCCGAUGGGCAGCAGGGUUCACCCUAUCACCUCUCGUCUGUUCUUUGUCCACUUCCAAACAAGCUGGCCCGCAGAGAGCGCUUCACUCGUGCAAUGCAGAACCUAGCACCCACGCGCAUCCUACUCCCUGCCUUCUGGCCUGACCAAGUCCAGCUCUGGUUCGCCGCCUGUGAGGCACAAUUCGCAGCCUACGGCAUUCAUAACCAGCAUGCUCGCUACAGCUGCGUCCUGGCUCUGUUAAAACCAGAGGACUUGAGUCUGCUCAGCGACCUCAUCCUCAAUCCGGACCCCAUACGGCCCUAUGACCGCCUUAAGGCGGGCCUCAUUCAGCGCAGUCACACAGCACAGUGGCGAAGUGCGCGGAACGAAGUACCCUCGGCCAUUGUGCACCGCAUCCGUCACGCCCUCUAUGAGAAGGCUGUAGAUGCAGACGAGACGGCGUUGAAAGAGAUGAUCGUGCCAUUCCUCCCCCCAACAGUCCGCUCUGUACUAGAGCCGGUAAAGGAGACCGCGACGGUGGACCAGCUAGUGCAAAUGGCUGAUCGAAUGAUGGCCAUGAAGAUGGAGGGCGAGGCUCUGGAGGCGGCUUUCGGGGAGAUGGUGUCCCAGCAACAGCGACAGACAUGGCAGCAGAAAUCCGGCAGGUCCAGAAGACGUAGUACAAGUCGGAGACCACGGGCGCCACCACAACGUCUACUCCUCUACUCCGGAAGGCCCUAUGGUAAGGUUACACCCCACAAUCUUAAAAAUCUUGCCCGAAUGAAUAAUGGCUCCCCACCCCUUGUUCCACUGUGUGCAAUUUAG